UAAUAAAAACAAAAAGAAAAAGAGAGAAUGUGAUGAGGGAAAAGUAAAUUAAACUAAACAAAGUUCUCUUCAUUUCUCUUCUCUAUCUUUAAUUCCUCCAUUUUCUUUCUUCUUUUUCAUCCUUUCUCUUUGUUGGGGGGCUCUGGUAUUCCCUUCUUCUCUCUUUAUUGUGAUUCUCCACUCAUAUAUUUCCAAAAAAACCAUCAACCUUUAUAAAAGAUAAAGAGUAAAGAGAUCAAAGAAAAAUAAACCAUGAUUUUCUCAUCUUUUCCAGUCUAUUUAGAUCAUCCUAAUUUGCAACAGUUACAACAGCCAGAUCAUCAAGGAAACCCUGGACUUGAAAAUCCUCAGCUUCCACCUCCCCCGCCACCCGCUCAGGUGGGUGGCGGGCUGGGCUCGAUCAGGCCCGGUUCAAUGGUCGAUCGGGCCCGUAUGGCAAAAAUUCCACUGCCAGAAGCUGGACUAAAGUGUCCUAGGUGCGAUUCAACUAAUACUAAGUUCUGUUACUUCAAUAAUUACAGCCUUUCUCAACCACGUCACUUCUGUAAGAGUUGUCGUCGUUAUUGGACCAGAGGAGGUGCCAUGAGAAACGUGCCGGUCGGAGGCGGCUGCCGGAGGAAUAAAAGAAGUAAAAGCAGUAACAACAACAACAAUAAUAUUUCAAAACCAGCAGGAGGACAAAUGGGUAAUUCUAAUGUUAUUAUUUCAACAAGUGCAAGUCCUUCAAGUUGUAGCAUGGAAAUUAUUGGCCAUCAAUUUUCACAACCAUCUACACAAUUUACACCCCUUAUGGCUGCUUUCCAUAACCUAAAUAAUUAUGGAGGAGGAUGUACUGAAAUGGGAUUUCAGAUAGCGAACAACAACAACAACAAUAAUUUAUUGCCGUCUUUGGCAGCUAACUUUGACCAUACAACAAAUUUAUACCCUUUUCAAGUUCAAGGUGAAAAUACUAUUGAAGCAUCAAAUGGGGUUUCUCAAGUUUCACCACCAGUGAAAAUGGAGUCAAAUUCUACCAAACAGUUUUUGGGCAGUUUGGAAAAUAAUCAAUAUUGGGGUGGUGCAAAUUCUUGGACAGGGUUUUCUGGUCUAAAUAACUCUUCUACUACCAGCCAUCUUCUAUAAUCUCUUAACCUUAAUCCAUAUGUUAAUUAACUUCAUUAAUCUUGAAGUUUCUCACUUUGUUCUCAAGCUAAAGUGGAAAUGACUCAAUGGAAUUAUUAACUACUCAAAAUGUUCAACCCUAAUAUUAUAAGAAAGUGAAGGUUUUCCUAAAGCUGGCGCUUGCUAUGUUGAGGAUGCAGUGGAGAUACAUAUUUAAUCAUUCCUGGUAGGUUUUGUAUUAAUCUAAAUUAAAUGUGUAUGUACUGAACUUAAGUUUGUUAACUUUGUUUUUAAUUAUCUCUAGGUUGUUGUAAUUUUUUGGAGGUUCUUUUACAAUGUGUGUGAAGUUAUGUGUGUUUUCUUUCUGAU